CCUGUCGCCUGGUCUUUGGGACAGCCUCUCACUCAACAUCUCUAUAGCCAUCACCAACUGGGAAACUAACUCAACUGCAACCUCUCCAACCAAAUAACGCUCAACGUUAGAUUACUGCCAAUUGACAUGGAAACCCAGAAAAGACACGAACACCACUCAGUUUGCCACACCUGCCGGAGAACGGAAAACACAAGAAUGAAGGUCAAGAUGAUGUCUUCGUCAAAUCGAGUGCUGGUCAUUGCGCUGGCACUUACUCUGUACAUCGUUGAAGUGGCCUCGGCAGAAACGCUAUGUGGAGGAGAACUGGUGGACGCGCUGCAGUUCGUCUGUGAAGAUAGAGGAUUCUAUUUCAGUAGGCCAACCAGCAGGUCUAACAGCAGACGCUCCCAGAACCGUGGUAUCGUGGAGGAGUGUUGUUUCCGUAGCUGUGACCUCAACCUGUUGGAGCAGUACUGUGCCAAACCUGCCAAGUCAGAGAGGGACGUGUCGGCCACCUCUCUACAGAUCAUUCCCAUGGUGCCCACAAUCAAACAGGAUGUCCCAAGAAAACAUGUGACUGUGAAGUAUUCCAAAUAUGAGGCGUGGCAGAGGAAGGCUGCUCAGCGGCUCCGGAGGGGCGUCCCGGCCAUCCUCAGGGCCCGGAAGUUCCGGAGGCAGGCGGUGAAGAUCAAGGCCCAAGAGCAGGCGAUGUUCCACCGGCCUCUGAUCACCCUGCCCAGCAAGCUUCCCCCAGUCCUGCCCCCCACGGACAACUACGUCAGCCACAAUUGAGCCUCCUCACCAGCAACCCAACUCCCCCAUCGAAAGCCCUUUGCACAGACAACGAGUUUGGAGGGAGAUGAAGAAGAAAAAAAGACUAGGGGAUUAUAGCUUUGUCUCUGACGUCAUUUCUGUGGCAAGUCCUCGUUUGACCUUUCCCCCCACCCAGCCCACCCCCAAAUCCCGUCCGAGCCCACCAACCAACCUACCCCCACCCACCCCCUGCCCAUCUACUACUUUUUGACCCAAACCUACCCUAGACCCCCUCACCCAGACACUCAAACAUACGUUCACAUUCUUCCUGUCCUGACUCUCACUCUUGCGCUCUCUCUUUCAUUCACCGACACAAAAGACACCAACACAAUCAAUGAACAAAAAGUGAACUAUUUGGCUGAAUGCAAUUUAGGUGGAUCCUUAAAUUUAAAAAAAGAAAGAAAGGAAGAAAAGAAAGAUGAAAGAGCUCUAUGGCUUGCAAGUGUCAAGAGGACAGCAGGCGGAAUGUUUUUUGUCCUUGUGGAAGACAACAGAAAGUGAAGAAACGGUUUGCAUAAAAGAACGCUUUCCCGAAGCAGAAAAAUUAUCUCUCUGUUAGUCCUUUUUGUUAUUAGUUUGCACCUCUAACUAUAAAUGGACUUCCACACUGUAAGGAAUUAUUUUGUAAAAUUAGAUUCCUGUUCCAGCACCUUUUAAUCACAAACAAAAAGCAGAAAAAGAAGUCUGCAAAAUUGCACAUCGCCACGGAUUACGUCAAAGGAAAGAAAAAAAAGCACUAUUUUUUUAUGAACAAUGAACGUGUAGCUUAAAAAAAAAUGUCAUGGUGCUAGCUUUUAGAAUGGACUCAGAGAAGAAGGGGUUGAAAAGCACGUUUUUUUUCCCGCUUUUAAUGAAUAUUAAAACUUUCCGUUUUAAGGAAAGUGUGACUUUAAAAAGGAGAAUAAAAGAUGGUGCGUGCUAGCACAAUGCGCUAACAGCUCCCUUGAGGAAGUGGUAGGGGGACCUGAGACCCACUCCCCUCUCCGUUGGCCCCCAAGGCCCUAUGAGAACUGGGAGCAGUGUGGGGACAUAACAGGACAUUAUGGACCGCCUGGAUUGGAACAGCAGUUUGACUUCUUGUUCCGGGACAGUACUUCCUGUUUUGUCGUGGCUUUGAAGAACCCUGGCCUGCUCUGGAAGGAAGUGACACGUUAAUAUGGACACAGAACGAGUGGGAUAAUGAUGAUAAUAUUUUGGGAUUUUGACAUAUUUCUUUUUCUUUUCACAUCUGUGUUUCAAGGAGAGAAAAAAAGUUAAACCCUGUCAGUUUCUGGUACCGUGACAUUCCUGCUUUUUGCGAAAUAGGCAUUUUUUGGUUAAACAUUUUGUCCAUCGUUAUUGUUAUAAUAUUAUUCUACAGUUUUUAAGAAAGGCACAAAUUUCAAUUCAAAGGGAAAAAACAGCAAUAAUGUCAACUAACAUUUUAUUUUUAAUUGUAUAUCAGUAGUAUUCUCAUGCUUUUGCCUGAAAACAAAUACUUGAAUAUAUAUAUAUAUAUAUAUAUAUAUGUAUGUAUGUGUAUAUAUAUAUAUGUAUAUGUAUGUGUGUAUAUAUAUGUACAUGUGUAUAUAUAUAUAUAUGUAUGUGUAUAUAUAUAUAUAUAUAUAUGUACAGUGUGUGUAUAUAUGUAUGUAUGUAUGUAUAUAUAUAUAUAUACACACACACACACAUACAUACAUAAAAUUAGUUUCCAGGGACGUUGUGUUAUUUUCUUUUAGUCUGAGCUGUAUCUUGCGUAAUGAGCCGCCAAGCUUUUUUGUUUGUUUGUUGAAAUACAAAUAAGGGCACUGUAUAAAGGCAUUAUUUAUUUUGUUAUAAAAAUAUAUAUGAAAAAUUGGUCCAAAUAAUAUACAUAGCACUGAUGCUCAACUGACAGAUUUAUUUUGUAUGAUCUCUUUUUUCCCAUUUGACUUGUAAUUCUUUUUGUAGAUGCUUUGUACCAAAAAAUUUCCUUUUUUUUCAUUUUCAUUUGCCACAGAGUUACUUUAAAUUAAUAUUUUAAUAGUAGAAUAGCCUGGAUUGCUUAGGUAUGUUAUGUCACAGAAAUAGGCACAUACUCUGACUACACAGGUCGGCAUGGACGUUUAGAAGCCUGGAUGGGAAAAAGGAACAUAUCCAUGACUGACCUGAUUGCAAAUGCCAGUUCAACAACAUUAUGCGUUGAUUGUACACAACCCACUACGUUUUAAACCACUUUAGUAUUGCUGGCCAGAGACUAUGACAAGAGGGUCUAUUGUCAUAGUUGUAUUAUAGACUUCCGUUCUGAUUGGCUCUUGGGGAUUGGUGAGCACCCUACCCUUCCUCCCAGUGCAGUCUGGGUAACUUGCAUGUGCUGGUGGUCAGUCAGUGUGGUGGGCACCCUGCUCUGGAUUUGAUGAUGUCACUGUGACAUUUGGCCAUAAGUCAAACAAAGGUCACCUACAGCAAUCUCAACUCUCACUCAUCCUCUCUCAAUCCCUUUCUUAUUCAACAACAUUCCCCAGAUGUUAUAUCUGCCUUUUGCCAUGGAAACAGGAGUGCAGCAUUCCUCCCAUACCACCCCUUCCCUGAUCUAUCAUCAUGUAUUUGAUGAAGGGCUACCAUACUGGACCAGUUUUGAAGCAGUUGAACUACUCAGGAAAAUCUUUGGUUUCUAAAGAGGGAGAUGUGUAGUUGUUGUUGAGUUGAAGGGAUGAAGUAGUAUAGUGGGAUUAGGGCGACAGAUCUCUAAGCCAUAUCUGGCAACAGUGACACUGCUCUCCAGGUGACAAACCACUGCUCCCCAUGCACUAUAGGCUCCAUGGAAGUCUGUGCCACCACAACUUUUUUUUCAUGCUAUUUUAUAUGAUUUUGGCCCAUAAAAUGGAUGGAUAUUUAACGGAUACUCGUCCCAGUAGGGGUAGAGGUGAAUCGAGCCAAUACUGAAUAUCCUCUCUCUUCCCCUCCACCUUAAGAGGGCCCUAACCUAGCCUAUGAACUACGACCUUUAUGACCCCCAUGCCUAUAUGUCCUGUCUUUGACUCUAUAUUCCACUUGUGUAACAAAGCAGUGCAAUUAUUAUUAUUAUAUUUCCCAGACGGUUAUGUAUCUUGUUUCCAGACAGUGACAACGACAUGGUUUAUUUUUUAUUUUAUUUGAAAUUUGUUCUUCCUGGUAGGACUGCAUUCACUAUUGUAUUGUUCAAACAGGCUACUAUAGUGUUCUUUUGAAUGGCGUGGAAGACAACCACUUCUUUGCGCUGGAUAUGAAGGGAUCUCUUGCCGAGCAUCGGCUACAUUUUUUGUGUCAGUAACCCACUCAGCCUGUGCAUAUUUUAUCGAUUUAACCUCUGCACGCUAGAACGUCUGAAAUGCACAAUUCAUGUACUUUCAUUUUUAAUAUCAAUAAAAUAAACAUUUUAUCAAA